CCUGGCUCCUCCCACAUGGCCAGUCACAACGGGGAGCUGCGGAUCCUGAGCGUCUAUGGAAAAGGAGAGGACCCACUGGCGGUGGACGGCCAUGACACCCUCUUUGCUGCGUCGGAACCGGAGGCCUUGAGCUCGCUGUCCGCUGACCACAGCGUGGCCAAGAGCCUGAACUGCAGCGUGCGGCUGGUCCGCCUUGAGGAGCUGACUGGGCAUCGGGGCGGCCGCAAGGGCCGGCCCUGUGUCUUGGGUGGCAAGGUUUUACCAAACGAUGCCGAUAUGAUCGUCCACAUGAGUACUCACACCGGGGAGAAGCCCUACAGGUGCGACCAAUGCAAGAAGAGCUUUGGACGGAAAGGCCACCUGAAGGUGCACAUCAGGACUCACACCGGCGAGAAGCCCUACAAGUGUGACCAAUGCGUGAAGCGCUUCGCAGAGCGCGCCAGCUUGAAGAACCACAUAAGGACUCACACCGGCGAGAAGCCCUACAAGUGUGACAAAUGCGUGAAGUGCUUCACAGAUGGCUCCAACUUGAAGAACCACAUAAGGACUCACACCGGCGAGAAGCCCUAUAGGUGUGACCAAUGCAAGAAGAGCUUUGGACUGAGAAGCACCCUGAGGAAGCACAUCCAGACUCACACCGGCGAGAAGCCCUACAGGUGUGACCAAUGCACAAUGUGCUUCACAGGGUGCUCCAACCUGAAGACCCACAUGAAGACUCACACCGGCGAGAAGCCCUACAGCUGUGACCAAUGCAAGAAGAGCUUCGGACGGAAAGGCUACCUGCAGCUCCACAUGAAGACUAACACCGGCGAGAAGCCCUACAGCUGUGACCAAUGCAAGAAGAGCUUCACAAAGCGCUCCAGCCUGAAGAUCCACACGAGGACUCACCCCUAUCAUUUUGCGCUGGUGUUCGUUGAGUUUCCUUCACCUGAAGACUGCGAUGCAUUUGGAGACCGCAGCACGCAGCGCGGGGCCACCUCAGAUAGUCUAGGUGUGGAUGCCCCUGGCUCCUCCCACCUGGCCAGUCACAGGGAGGAGCUGAAGAUCGUGAUCGUCUACGGUAAAGGGGAGGGCCCACUGGCGGAAGAGUAUAUUGGUGGAGGCAUGCCCGCUGGAGAAGACGCCCAAGACAUUAGAGACUGCAGCACCCAGCGCGGCGCCACCUCGGAGAGUCUGCAUGUGGACGCCCCUGGCUCCUCCCACAUGUCAAGUCACAGCGGGGAGCUGCGCAUCCUGAGCGUCUAUGGACAAGGUGACCACAGCGUGGCCAAGAGCCUGAACUGCAGCGUGCGGCUCGUCCGCCUUGAGGAGCUGACUGGGCAUCAGGGCGGCUGCAAGGGCCGGCCCGGUGUCUUGGGUGGCAAGGUUUUUCCCAACAAUGCCAAUAUGAUCGUCCCCAUGAGGACCCACAACGACAAGAAGCCGUACAGGUGCGACCAAUGCAUGAAGCGCUUCAGUCUGAAAGGCUGCCUGAACCGCCACAUGAUGACUCACGAAGGGGUGAAGCCCUACAAGUGUGACCAAUGCACAAUGUGCUUCGCAGAGUGCUACAAGCUGAAGACCCACAUGAGGACUCACACCGGCGAGAAGCCCUACAGCUGUGACCAAUGCACGAUGCGCUUCGCAGAGAGCUACAACCUGAAGAUCCACAUAAGGACUCACACCGGCGAGAAGCCCUACAAGUGUGACCAAUGCGUGAAGCGCUUCGCAGAGCGCUCCAGCUUGAAUCUCCACAUGAGGACUCACACCGGCGAGAAGCCCUACAGGUGUGACCAAUGCAAGAAGAGCUUUGGACGGAUAAGCUCCCUGAGGAAUCACAUCAAGGCUCACACCGGCGAGAAGCCCUAUAAGUGUGAGCAAUGCGUGAAGCGCUUCACAGAGCGCUCCGGCUUGAGGAUCCACAUGAUGACUCACACCGGCGAGAAGCCCUACAAGUGUGACCAAUGCGUGAAGCGCUUCACAGAGCGCUCCAACUUGAAGGACCACAUGAGGACUCACACCGGGGAGAAGCCCUACAGGUGCGACCAAUGCAAGAAGAGCUUUGGACGGAAAAGCACCCUGAGGAAGCACAUCAAGACUCACACCGGCGAGAAGCCCUACAAGUGUGACCAAUGCGUGAAGCGCUUCACAGAGCGCUCCAGCUUGAAGAUCCACAUAAGGCUCAACACCGGCGAGAGGCCCUACAGCUGUGACCAAUGCACGAUGCGCUUCGCAGGGAGCUCUGCCCUGAAGAUCCACCUGGCGGUGGACGGCCAUGACACCCUCUUUGCCACGUCAGAACCGGAGGCCUUGAGCUCGCUGUCCGCUGACCACAGCGUGGCCAAGAGCCUGAACUGCAGCGUGAGGCUCGUCCACCUUGAGGAGCUGACUGGGCAUCAGGGCGGCCGCAAGGGCCGGCCCGGUGUCUUGUGUGGAAAGGUUAUUCCCAACAAGGCCAAUCAGAUCCACACCGACGAGAAGCCGUACGGGUGCGACCAAUGCAUGAAGCGCUUCAGUCGGAAAGGCUACCUGACCCGCCACAUGAGGACUCACUCCGGGGAGAAGCCCUACAAGUGUGACCAAUGCAUGAUGCGCUUCCAACGGCAAAGCGACCUGAAGAUCCACAUGAGGACUCACUCCGGCGAGAAGCCCUACAAGUGUGACCAAUGCACGAAGCGCUUCAGUCAGAAAGGCAGCCUGAAGCUCCACAUGAGAACUCACUCCGGGGAGAAGCCCUACAAGUGUGACCAAUGCACGAUGAGUUUCAGUCUGAAUGGCACCCUGAAGACCCACAUGAGUACUCAUUCUUGGGAGAAGCCCUACAGGUGUGACCAAUGUACGAUGAGCUUCAGUCUGAAAGGCACCCUUAAGAUCCACAUGUGGACUCACUCAAGGGAGAAGCCCUACAAGUGUCACCAAUGCGUGAAGCGCUAUAGUCAUAUUUCCGCCCUGAAUACCCACUUGAGGACUCACACCGUGGAGAAGCCCUACAAGUGUGACCAAUGCGUGAAGCGCUUCACAGAGCGCUCCAGCUUGAAGAUCCACAUAAGGACUCACACCGGCGAGAGGCCCUACAGGUGUGACCAAUGCACGAAGAGCUUCACAAAGCACUCCAACCUGAAGAACCACAUGAGGACUCACACCGGGGAGAAGCCCUACAAGUGUGACCAAUGCGUGAAGCGCUUCGCAGAGCGCUCCAACUUGAAGAACCACAUUAGGACUCACACCGGCGAGAAGCCCUACAGGUGCGACCAAUGCAAGAAGAGCUUUGGACUGAAAAGCACGCUGAGGCAUCACAUCAAGACUCACACCGGCGAGAAGCCCUACAGGUGUGACCAAUGCACAAUGUGCUUCACAGGGUGCUCCAACCUGAAGACCCACAUGAAGACUAACACCGGCGAGAAGCCCUACAGCUGUGACCAAUGCAAGAAGAGCUUCACAAAGCGCUCCAGCCUGAAGAUCCACACGAGGACUCACCCCUGUUUAUAAGCCCUGCGUGUCUGCAAUGCAACGCCAGCUGCAGCCAGGGCCGCCGAUUGCUAUAAGCGAACUAGGAGAUUGCCGAGGCGGGUGACAAAUGUGUUGGGGGCGUCCUCUAGUGGGGGGCCCAUUAAUCAUAAUGCGCUGUCUCGAUCCGAGUGGCUGACUCUGUGGUGAGCUGGUGAGUGGGUACUAGUGAUGCGCGGGUUACCCAAUUACCCGCGGGCACCCGCGGGCCGGGUGGGUUGAGUAGCAGUUUUCUCUAAGUAUCGCGGGUUCGGGUGGGGCGGGUCAAAAAAGUCAAAACCCGCAACCACGCAUUUGUUAACAGUUCUUCAAUAAAUAAUUGCGUAAAGCUGUCGUUGUUGUUGUUUUGAUGUAGACCUGCCGUUGGAAGUUUCACAAUAAUGCGAAUUUAGCGCAAAUCCUUCUCAUUUAGUUACGUGUUACAUUAGGCCUAAGCCUCAGCCCCAGGCUUUUUAUUUUAUUUGUUAUUAUUUUUAUUUUUUUGCCGGUCAAAUUGGGAGGGUCGGGCGGGCCGCUUCAGAAUCCCCCACGGGUCGGGCGGGGCGGUUUGGAAAAUGUCUUGGGUCGGGUUGGGGCGGGUGUUAAAAAAUCGUCCUCUCGCGCAUCACUAGUGGGUAGACCCAGCUGAAUCUGCACCUCAGCCAAUUCUCUCCUCCGUUUCCAGCCAUAGGAAAAGCUGCUGACAAUUUUCUUGCACAGCGCAAUGCACCUUGUGAUGCGGUGAUCAUCCAUGCCAUGUCCUGAAAUAAAAUUGUUAAAAAAUA